AUGGCACCCAAAACCGUCCUCAUAACAGGCUGCAGCACCGGCGGCAUUGGCCACGCACUUGUACUGUCCUUCCAGCGCCGCAGCUACACCGUGUUCGCCACAGCGCGCUCACCGAAGAAGAUGGACGAUAUGGCCUUGCUUCCCAACAUUCAUCUGCUCGCCCUCGACGUGACUGACCCAUCUUCAAUCGCCGCAGCAGCCAAGGAGGUGGAAGGAGUGACUGGUGGCAAGCUAGAUGUCCUCGUCAACAACGCCGGCCAACAAUACAUCAUGCCCGCACUCGACGUGGACAUGGACACCGCUCAGGCGCUGUUCGAAGUGAACUACUGGGGCCCACUCCGCACGAUGCAAGCCUUCAGCGCCCUGCUCAUCGCAGCACGGGGAUGCGUGGUGAAUAUCGGCCAGUACAACGCGUCCAAAGCCGCCAUCCACAUGUUCUCCGAGACGCUGCGCCUCGAGCUCGCCCCGCUGGGCGUCCGCGUCAUCACGCUGGUAGCCGGCAACGUGGCGUCGAACAUGUCGGCUGGCAGCAACGGGCCGCCGCCUUCUGAGCUCCCUGCGACGUCGCGCUAUAAAGCCGUGGAAGCGCAUGUCGCCAAGCAGGGCAAGUUCUCGGACAUGAACACGGCCAGGUUCGCCGACGAGGUCGUGAGUGCCGUUUCCUCGGGCGCGGCGGGCAAGCUGUGGAAGGGUGGGAAUAUAAUGCUGGUAAGGUGGCUGGUGCCCUUCAUGCCGGGUUUUGUCUAUGACCGGAUUAUGAUGUCUCUUGGAAGAGGGUUGGAUAAGAUGCCCAAGGCGUUGUAG